GAGCAUCACGCCCAGGUGCAACAGAAGACCGUCGUCAUGACUCCAGCCUUCCUCGUCCUCCUCUUCCUCUCGGCCAUUACUGCGGCGGCAGUUGAUGACGACCCUCCAAUCGAGGAGCAGGACACCUUCGGAAAGAUCGAGAGAGCCAACGAGAACAUCAAAACGCGCCUCGUGGACGGCGACCUCGUGCCAAUCAUAGCCACGAGGAACGCGGAUCCCUGCGUGCUGAAGGGCUGCAAGUGGCCCAAGCUAGACCCCUACGUCUACGUGCCCGUCUCCAUCGAGGCCUCCAACUACACCAGAGUCCAGCGCAACAUCAUCAUCAGAGCCCUGUUGACCUUCCACGGCUCCACCUGCAUCCGCUUCCACUGGAAGAGGAACAUUGACAAGGAAUACAUCUCCUUCUUCUCUGGGAGCGGCUGCUGGUCCAGUCUGGGCCGUCAGAUCGGGGGCCAGCUGUUGUCCCUGAAUAAGAGCCGCUGCCUGUCCACGGACACCAUGCAGCACGAGGUGCUCCACGCGCUCGGCUUCCACCACGAGCAGGUCCGCUCCGACCGGGACGAGCACGUCACCAUCCUCACGGAGAACAUCCGGCCAGGUGAGCCCACCUGGACCUCAGGAGGAGGUGUGACGUCUCACAAACCAGAUGACACCUUAAUGUGCCGCUGUGCUCCUGCAGGAAAGGAAAAGAACUUCAGGAAGAAGCUCACCAACAACCUGGACACGCCCUACGACUUCGACUCCGUCAUGCAGUACGGCAACUUCGCCUUCUCCAGCAACGGGAAUAUGACCAUCGUCUCCAAGGCCGACCCUGAUCGCCUGUUCGGCUCGGCCACCGAGAUGAGCCAGCAUGACAUCGACCGCGUCAACGCGCUCUACGACUGCAAUGUCUGAUGAUGGCGGCCGGCCUCCGGAUGCUUCAACGGUCACGAUCAGGAGCGAAUGAAAUUAAUAAAGAAUAAAUAAUAAAACAGUUUGUUUUCA